AGGAGGAGGAGAAGGAGGAGGAGGAGUGGUGGUGCGGUGCUGCCGAGGAGCGCCUCCAUUCACAAGCAUGCUGGUGGGCAAUGCCUGUCGACAAAGAGGCCGGGAUUUGCCAAAAAGCACUGGAGCUCUUGACGGAUCUCUGUUCUAAGGGGGAAGUGCAGAACGAGAACUGUUUGGAUUUCAUAUACUAUUUCCGAGAUCUUGCCAGACCGCGGUAUUCAGAGUCAGAUGUAUCAGUGAGCCUGCUGUCGUUGGUGGUGACCGCCUGUGGCCUGGCCUUGUUCGGCGUCUCUCUCUUUGUCUCGUGGAAGCUAUGCUGGAUUCCAUGGCGAGAGCGAGGCCUCUCUCCUGGCACCAAAGAGAGCCAGCCAGACCCUCACCCUCACCCACCUCCCCCGCCCCUUCAGCCGCAGCCCAUUUACACAGAAGUGGAUGCAACUCUCGACCGCCGGAACCAGCCGCGAGGUUCUGUGGUUAAGGAGACGACGGUGCCUCCUACACCAGUCUCUCCGCCUCCACCCGGGUCUCCCCCACCCGUCCCGGUGCCUGAGGCAGCCCUGAAGAUCAGCCACACUUCACCUGACAUUCCCCUAGAGGCGGAGUCCAAGGCCCGGGAGAACGGUGUCUAUGGCAACAGCCGCAUACAGAGACAGAUCACUGAUCCGUCUUCCACCUGUGUCCGACAAAGUUCUAUCCGGCGUCAGAUGAACCAGUCCAAUCCUGACUUCAUGGUAGCUCAGUUCCAGAGGCAAGACUCUCUGACAGGAAUGAGUCUUGGCAGGCUUAAACCAGAGUUGUACAAGCAGCGCUCUCUGGACGGUGAGGAGAACCGAAGUGGCCGAAGUGGCAUGUGUGGUCGUCUCCAUUUCAUCCUCAAAUAUGACUGCGAUCUGGAGCAGCUCAUUGUCAAGAUCCAUCGUGCCCAAGACCUUCCAGCCAAGGACUUUUCCGGCACCUCAGACCCCUACGUUAAAAUCUAUCUACUGCCCGACCGCAAGACCAAGCACCAGACCAAGGUGCACCGCAAGACUCUGAACCCUGUGUUUGACGAGGUCUUCCUCUUCCCUGUGGCAUAUGCUGAACUUCCCUCACGAAAGCUCCACUUCACUGUUUAUGAUUUUGACCGUUUUUCACGUCACGACAUCAUUGGACAAGUGGUGGUGGACAACUUCCUGGACCUGGUAGACUUUCCCCGGGAGACCAAGCUGUGCCGAGAUAUUCAAUACGUGUCCUCGGAUAACGUGGAUCUGGGGGAUUUGAUGUUUUCUCUCUGUUACUUGCCCACUGCCGGUCGACUGACCAUUACAGUGAUAAAAGCGCGCAACCUGAAAGCCAUGGACAUCACUGGAGCUUCAGACCCAUAUGUGAAAGUUUCUCUAAUGUGUGAAGGCCGAAGAUUAAAGAAGAGGAAAACCUCCACCAAAAGGAACACCCUGAACCCCGUUUAUAAUGAGGCUAUAGUGUUCGACGUCCCACCAGAAAACAUUGAUCAAAUUAGCCUUUUGAUAGCUGUGAUGGACUAUGAUCGUGUAGGUCACAACGAGGUUAUAGGUGUGACUCGGGUGGGUAACGACGCAGAAAGUCUGGGCCGAGACCACUGGAAUGAGAUGCUCACGUACCCUCGGAAACCCAUCGCUCGCUGGCACCCACUUGUGGAGUACCAGGGGUCCAGUGGGGGAAGCCAGACGGGGUCCUGCAACUCCCUCAAGACUCCUCCCUCUCCAUAGAAGACAAAUCCUGUCUAAGUCUCAACGUUUGAGUGGGCAGCGGCUCUUCCUUGAAAGUCAUUAGGUCAAGAAUGGAGCUGCUGACCUCCAGAGGAGUCUUACUUCUAAGAAAAAGGCCUGGAACACCGUUCUCUUCAACCUGUGCCUCUGGAAGCCCUUCCUUGCAUGGGAACACUGAUUGUUUCAGCUGCAUGUUGAGUGGUCACAUACUGUACGGUUAUUUUAACACAAAAUAUGGUGAUAUGAAAAGAGUACAAGGGGUUUCUUUUUGAAUGUUUUCCUUUUUUCAAUGUCAUACACUGUUAAUCCAAAUGUUAGGGUUCUAAACACUUUACUGCAAAUGUGUUUAUUGGAGCUACUCUAUUUGAGAACAUUGU